CAAUGAAGAACUAUAGUUACUACAAAUCUAGCGCUAUGUUAACUAAAAUAAUCUACGUUGAAUUCAUGUUUUCAAAAUGGGAAACUGUUUUACGCGUUGCUUCAUGAGGGUACAACCAGAAGAAACUGUUUUGCGACUGCUUAUUGUUGGACUUGAAAACGCCGGUAAAACGGAAAUAGCGCAUAAAAUUUGCGGUUCUAUUCGCACCGAGUUUCUUCAAACUAAAGGAUGUAGAGCUUUUCACACUAACAUAGAAGGAACACGCGUCCAAUUAUCUGAAGUUGGAGGAGCUCAAGAGUUUUUGGAUAUAUGGAAAUAUUAUUUCUUAGAUGUGUACGGAAUCUUAUUUGUAGUUGAUUCUUCAAAUAUAAACUGCAUCAACCAGUCAUACAACAUUUUUGAACGACUCAUGGCACAUGAUUUAUUGGUGGGCAAGCCAUUUUUAAUUAUUGCGAAUAAACAGGAUUUACCAUGCUCAAUAGAUUGCAUUGAUUUAUGUGAGUGCAUGAACGUUGAAGUUUUAGCCAAUAAGUAUCGAAAUCCUUGUAUGAUUGAGGUUUGCGGUAACUGGAAUAAUUCAGAUGAUGCAUAUGAUGGCCUUCAGUCGGGAAUUAGGUGGCUAGUAAAAACGAUUUUAAUGAACAAGCAGUUGAUUAUGAACAGUAUAAAAUUCCAUCGAGGAAUAUGUGAAUUUGAAUCAAUACUAAAAGCCAGCCGUCGUCCAUGGACAGGACUAUCUCACAACUCGUAGACCACGCGGGUCUCUGCUGUGUCCAGGAGGCGUCUUCAUUCAACUCGGUUCAUGGCUGUUCGCCGCCAGCCUCGGUAGCUGCGAAGGGUACGCAGGUCGUCCUCUAUUUGAUCGAUCCGUCUUGCCCGCUGCAGCCUCUUCUUCUUAUACCGGUCGGAUCAUUGUCGAGAAUCAUUUUAACCGGGUUGUUCUCGAUAGUCUAACAACAUGCCCGGCCCACCGCAACCGCCCGACCUUGGCCGUUUGGACGAGGGUUGGUCCUCCCAGCAACUGGUGCAGUUCAUGGUUCAUUCGCCUUCUCCACGUACCGUCUUCCAUCCGCACUCCGCCGAAGAUGGUUCGCAACACCUUCUGUUCAAAAACACCUAGUGCGCGUUGAUCCUCCGCAAGCAUUGUCCAGGACUCGUGCCCGUAGAGGAUAACCGGUCUAAUAAGCGUUGUUAGCGCAAAAACAAAUAACUCAUUUGAAUUCUAGUAUUUAAAAUUGAAUUUAAAUUUAUUGAUGUGUAAUUGAAUUUAUUGAAUUUAUUGUAAGAUCUAGAUCAUAAUACACUACUUACCCUAAUUAAUUUGAAAGCAAUCUAAAAUUUGUAAAAUCUAAUAAGCUAAAAUAGUACGACAAUUUCAUCACAUGCGUAAGCGAGAUACAAUGAUUUGAUAGCAAAUCAAGGCCAGUAUAUAUGUACUUUAGAGAACAAUAGAUCAGGCCAAUAAAAGGACUUAAGAAUCCUACAUUCUAGAGAGUAAUAAACCAGAUUGAAACGA